GAACGGCCGUGCGUAAGGACGGCGGGUCAGCUGACAGCUAUCAGAGGACCGGGAGGAAGGAGCGGAAUUAGCGGGUGUGUGAACUGGGAACCUUACGGGAUCUUGACAGAAGCUGUAUCCAAGGCCGAACGGGGAGCGAAGACUGGUGGUGUUCGUGAGAGAACUAGGGCGGGGUUUGGUUUCACCAUGGCCAGUUGGGACUGAGAGGCAGCCACAAUGAUUGGAGGACUGUUCAUCUACAACCACAAAGGGGAGGUCCUCAUCUCCCGGGUCUACAGAGAUGACAUAGGGCGUAAUGCAGUGGACGCGUUCCGUGUGAACGUGAUUCACGCCCGGCAGCAGGUUCGAUCCCCAGUGACCAACAUUGCCCGCACCAGCUUCUUCCAUGUCAAGCGUUCCAACAUCUGGUUGGCGGCGGUCACCAAGCAGAAUGUCAAUGCUGCCAUGGUGUUUGAGUUCCUUUACAAGAUGUGUGAUGUCAUGACGGCCUAUUUCGGCAAGAUCAGCGAGGAGAACAUCAAGAACAACUUUGUGCUCAUCUACGAGCUUCUGGAUGAGAUCCUGGACUUUGGCUACCCCCAGAACUCAGAGACUGGAGCUCUGAAGACCUUCAUCACCCAGCAGGGCAUCAAGGGACAGCACCAGACAAAAGAGGAGCAGUCUCAGAUCACCAGCCAGGUGACAGGGCAGAUCGGCUGGCGUCGCGAGGGCAUCAAGUAUCGCCGCAACGAACUUUUCCUGGACGUACUGGAGAGCGUCAACCUGCUCAUGUCACCACAAGGUCAGGUCCUGAGCGCCCACGUGUCAGGCCGAGUAGUGAUGAAGAGCUACCUGAGUGGAAUGCCUGAGUGUAAAUUCGGCAUGAACGACAAGAUUGUCAUCGACAAGCAGGGCAAGGGAGGAGCGUCUGAUGACGCAGGAAAGAGUGAUUUAGGGGGAGGAAGUGGGAAGCAGUCCAUAGCCAUCGACGACUGCACUUUCCACCAGUGUGUGCGCCUCAGUAAGUUUGACUCGGAGCGUAGCAUCAGCUUCAUCCCCCCCGAUGGAGAGUAUGAGCUCAUGAGGUAUCGCACCACCAAGGACAUCAUCCUGCCCUUCAGGGUUAUUCCCCUGGUGCGGGAGGUGGGCCGCACCAAACUGGAGGUCAAGGUGGUCAUCAAGUCCAACUUCAAGCCCUCACUGCUGGCUCAGAAGAUCGAGGUGCGUAUCCCAACGCCCCUCAACACCAGCGGCGUGCAGGUGAUUUGUAUGAAGGGAAAAGCCAAGUAUAAGGCCAGUGAGAAUGCCAUCGUCUGGAAGAUCAAACGCAUGGCCGGGAUGAAAGAGUCUCAGAUCAGCGCUGAGAUUGAGCUGCUGCCCACCAACGAUAAGAAGAAAUGGGCCAGGCCUCCCAUCUCUAUGAACUUUGAGGUUCCUUUCGCGCCAUCAGGCCUGAAGGUGCGCUACUUGAAGGUGUUUGAGUCCAAGCUCAACUACAGUGACCACGACGUCAUCAAAUGGGUGCGGUACAUCGGCCGCUCCGGCAUCUACGAAACUCGCUGCUAAAGUUCAGACCCCUCCCCUGACCCCCCCACUGCCCCGUGCCCAGCAGCGAACUGACCACUUUGCUCCCGUCUAUCCUAUCCAGAUUUUUUUUUUCUCCUCCCUCUUCCUACUUUGUCUCUCUCCUCCCCUCAAUCCUUAUAGCUUCUCUCAUACAUCCCUCCCACAACCCUCACCCCUUCUUAACUAGGUGUCGGAGAUUGAAUUUACAUCAUAAAAAAGAAAAAAGUAAAUAUGGUAUAAUGCACAGAUAUAUGCAAAAUGUGAACCAUUGUAUCGUAUAUAUCUUGUAGUGAUGAGUAAACCUGUAAACCAACUGGUGUCCGAAAGAAAAAAGACGAGUGAUGCAGGGGGGGACCAGGGGGAGAGGGGUUGCUCUGUUGCGUUUAUUCAGUGUUACCGUUUCACUAUCUGCUCUCCGUUUACAUUAGACAUCCCACAAGUUGUAGAUUUAUCCCACCUAAGAUGAUUUGUAGCUAUUGUGGUUUAUAAUGAAUCCUGAUUAUAGUUCCUGUAUAUGAGCUUCUGUCUCAGUAGAGUCUACCCUUCAAAUUGAGCUGCAUUGUCUGAUUCUGUAUCGUGAACUGAUUGAUAUUUGAUAUGUGUUUUUGAGAAUGGUCAUUUGGAUCUCAGUUGCUUUCUCUUUGCCACUCAGCAGGAUGAGAGAGUAAAAUAAUUUUCAGCUUACGGAGUCUCUUUAAGGGUAGUUGGGAAAGAGAAUGAAUUCAAAAUGACUGAGCUGUUUUUGUACUUAGUGGAGAGUGUGUUGUUUCUUUCCCCUGUUAUUACGUCAAAGUAAAGUUAAAACGUAAGAGGAACAUUCCAGACAGUUUAGAGGUUCGACCACCAUCCUCAUCAGGAGUUGCAACUCAAAUUUUCCCACGUUUCUUAAGCACUAAGAUCAACUCUGUCACACUAUUUAGAUUCAAACAUCAGGCCCCUGGGAGUUAGUGCGUGUUUGCAGUGAGGUAAGGUCUCCCCCUGGUGUUCGCCUCGUCACUGUCUGCUUCUUCAUGUUUGUAGCCCUGGUGACCGUUCUGUCCAAUAAAAUCUGACUAUGUAACCAAA